AAUUUUUCUCCGCGCUUUACCGCGAGAUUAUCUCGUCGAGUGUUGUUCCGCGUCGGAAGCUGACUCUCGAGAGCGGGCAGUAAUUCGUGAUUCUCAGACCGCGAGCUGACGUUCGGGGAAAAAAAAAAGAGAGAGAAAAACGGAAACGGAGGUGCACACGACGGCACUCUCGCUCAUUCCGCACUCCUUAUCCACCUCUCCCGAGAAGAUCGCUUGCCGGGCGAGUGUCGUCUCACCGCCGAGACGUCGUGUACGGGACAGUGAAAAAAAUCGACACGUUUCCUCGCGAGAGACAAGGAAGCGAUCGUCCGACCGUCCGGCCGAGGCUGACGAGUUUCCCCGGUGGCCGUCGUCCGCUUUCGCCAGAUCCGUCCGCGACUGCUGCUGGUUAAUCUGGCGCACCACCUGACGUAUACGGAUUGCGCGUGACGUUUCGCGGCGUAUUUCAUUUCACCUGCGCGGCCCCGCGUCGGCCAAGGCUCUCGCGGACGAGCUCUGUACAAUGGGGUCUUCAGUAUUGUCCGCAGGAAUAUUGGCUUUUGUUGAAGGGACAGGCGACGGCGGAGAGACGACGACCGCGGACUGGAAGGCAGAGAGGACCGCGACGACCUGGCCAAUAGGGACAAGGUGGCAGCCCUUGACUCCUCCGAUCGAGGAGGAAGCGGAUCAAAUGGAAACGAUUCGGCGUCUCGACGUACCAAAGAGCCGCGCGGAAAUGAUUGAGCUGCUGGAGAAUUUCACUCAUCAGGCCACUCUGUACAGAUCUUAUUACAAGCAUUGGAAGAAGACAGCCGAUCAAGCCGUGAGGGAAAUCGUAGGCAGAACAGUGACGGCCACGGCGAGAAUUCGAGACACGGACGAGCCGCACGUGGCCGAUACGGAAUAUGCAACGAAGCGAGCCGAAGGCGCGGCCAGUCUCCCGGCGGAAGAAUCGACGGUUCGUCAACGAUCAAGGAACGCAAUCACUUCAUAAACCCGGCGCAGCGAUGGUGGUCAUCAACAUAUAAACAGUGCAUAGAUUGGAUCCCUGUGGGCCAAUUCUAAGCUCAGAUACAGUGAACUGAGGAAGGACUGACCGGUACUCGCGUGGGAAAACAAAACGCUCGUAUCUGAAAGUCCAUGGAGUCCCGGGGCAGAAAAUUGUGGAAGAUGGAGGUUGUGGCAAACUCUGAAAUAGACGUGGAAGUACACGAGAGAAGUAGUCGACAUGCAUCGGUCAGACAUUGACUCCACGUCCAUCGAAAGCGGAAGAGGAAAAAAAGAAAAAAAAAAGGGAAGGAAGAUUCGGAGUCGUUAACAAGGGCGGACCA